CAGCAGCUCCAGGUGCCAUGAGGCUCCGUGCCCUCAGAGCUGGGAUUGUUCUGCCCGGAUUCUCCCUCUCCCCCUGUAAUAUCCCUCAUCCCUGAGCUGUGCCCCGCCCUCACGCUUUCAUUUCUUAAGGAGCAGCUUGAUAACCGGACACAUCCACCACGCGGAAAACGUGGUUUCUAUUUGCGCAAACAGCUUCGUGAUGCAGGAAGCUUUUUUUUCCUGCAGUUUCAGUUUUGCUUUCCUUUCUUUUCACUUCUCGCCAUGAAGCUUCUCCACGCUGGUGUGCUCUCCAUCCUUGCACCCACACUGACGCUCGCCAUGGACCCGCUCAGCGCUUACCUCAUUGUGGGGGGUGCUGCCAUCGGCUGGCAGCUCUUCUCCCCGCACUCCUGGCUCAGGUGCAGUCUCCUGGAGUGCUGCAACGCAAAGGACAUGCUGAACGUCUCGGUUGUGAAGAUGGAUUUGGAGCAAAAAGUCUUUGGCCAGCAUCUGGCUGUCCAAACAGUUCUGAGAGCUCUGAGUACGAACCUUCGCUCCAAACGGCCCAAGAAGCCCCUGGUGAUGUCCUUCCACGGCUGGACUGGCACAGGCAAAUCGUUUGUCAGCAGUAUCAUCGCAGAGAACCUCUACCGGCUCAGUGCAUGGAGAAGGAGGUUUGUGCACCACUUCAGCACGGUGCUGCAUUUCUCACACAGUUCGCACGUCCAUCUGUACAAGGAGCAGCUGCAGAAUUGGAUUCGGGGCAAUGUCAGCGCCUGCCCAAGGUCCCUUUUUAUCUUCUCUGAGAUGGAUCAAAUGCCGCAUGGCCUGAUAGACUCUAUCCUGCCAUUCCUCGGCUACCGUGAUGAGAUUGAUGGAGUUUAUUAUGGCAAGGCAAUCUUCAUCUUCCUGAACAAUGCAGGUGGAGAUAAGAUAACGGAGAUUGCUCUUGAUUACUGGAGAAGGCUGAAGAGGAGAGAAGAUAUUCCUGCAGAGGAGCUCCAAGAUCUGCUAUCAGAAGACAUUUUCAGGAAUCCAAACAGUGGUUUCUUUCAAAGCCAACUGAUCCAGAAGAACCUGAUCGACUAUUUCGUCCCCUUCCUCCCUCUUGAAUACAAACACGUGAAGCAGUGUGUCCAGGAGGAGCUGCGUGCUCAAGGGCAUCCUGAGGAGGAAGACCUCAUCAUGGAGAUUGCCUCAGCAAUGGCGGACUACCCCAGAGAGGAAAGGCUCUACUCCAGCAAAGGCUGCAAGACUGUGGCCUCCAGAGUGGCUCUGAGCACGUAGACACCGCCCGGCCGUAAUCGUGUUCCUGUUGCAAGAUCCAGCCUUGUGGAAGAGUCCACAUCGAUACCCAUCUGUCUACACCUCCUUCCUCGAUGGGACUGAGGAUUUUCAGUUCCAGAGGGGCCUUUUGUGAGGCCCUUUAAUAAAUCACAGAAUAUGCCACGUUGGAAAGGA